AGGGCAUGAGUUAUUGCGCUCUAAAUAGCGGGUAGCUUCUUCCUAAAUCCUUACCCAACAUACUCCGUACGAAGUAUGACCAUAUCCAUCCAUGUCCAUGGGUCUAUUCCCUGGACAUCUGCUAUGGAGAUUUGAAUGGAGCUACGUGUCGCUUUAUCCUCAAUCCAUAGAUUCCGUUCCUGAAAUUUCAACCAGCAGAUUCCUUCCUUUUCUUUUUUUCAAUUUCAAUUGUAGAAAGAAAACCAUGUCUUUCGCAAUCCUCUCAUCCUCAUGCUUCUCUCUUCGCAAUUCCGAACUUUCAUCUCCGCCUCCCACUAUUUAUCCUCUUUUAAUUAAACCCCAUUUCCAUCACUUUGAGAAUUCGCAUUCUCUUCCGCUUUUUCCUGAUUAUUCUUCACUUUUCGUUAAUCCUAACAAAUUUUCUUAUUCCAUGUCGACCGGUGUUAAAGACGCCCUCUCGUGUAGAGCCUCGCCGUCGUCCCCCUCUUUCCGGCCGAAUUCCCGCGACAGAAGCGGGAACCAGUUCUCCAGCGCAAAUGAAGGGGAGGAGGAUGAAGAUUCUGAUGAUGAAGAGCAUGAUGAAGUGACUGCUCAUGAUAUGGACAUGAAUAUGGAUAUGGAAGAUGAUUGUUGUCCCACUUCCGUUCUUUCUCAGAGAUGGGAUGUGUUGGGCCUCGGUCAAGCUAUGGUUGAUUUCUCGGGCAUGGUUGAUGAAAACUUUCUGGAGAGACUUGGAUUAGAAAAGGGUACAAGGAAGGUUGUGAACCAUGAGGAGAGGGGUAAAAUCCUGCGUGCAAUGGAUGGGUGCAGUUACAAGGCUGCUGCUGGUGGGUCCCUUUCCAAUAGUCUGGUGGCAUUGGCCAGGCUCGGUCUUCAACCUAUAGGAGGACCACCUUUGAAUAUAGCCAUGGCAGGCAGUGUUGGAAGUGAUCCACUGGGUGGAUUCUACAGAUCCAAACUGCGGCGAGCAAAUGUGAAUUUUUUAUCCACAUCGAUCAAAGAUGGAACGACGGGAACUGUUAUAGUUCUCACAACACCAGAUGCUCAGCGCACGAUGCUUGCAUAUCAGGAAGCUUCUGAAGCUUUAGUAUCUGUUUGGAAGACAAUAAAAUGUGGGAGGAAAUAAAAACGUACACAAAAACAGCACAAGUCGACAGAUUUACUUUAGAUACUUGUUGAUACUUAAUUUAUUUAUUUUGUACGGAGUAUAUUUUAUAAACACUAGGUAAUGAAAAAAGUUAUACGGAAUAUUUAAUUUACUUUUGGAUUUCCUAUAAUACAUGGAAAGUAUAAUCAAAUAACUUGCAUGCAUGUUUUUCCCUUUCCCUAACUUUUUCAGUGAUUCAAACAUUCUUUUGUGUUUUUCCAAUUCCAAGAACCUCUAAUCUAGUAUUAUAAGAUAUUAGGAUUGAUUACAUAUUUACAUGAGAAAUUGAAUGUAUCUUAUCUCUAUUCACUCUUUUGAUCUUACCUUUUGUUCUUUUCAUGCUCGUGUUCUAGGGUACAUCUUCAACCAUUAGAUAUGAGCCCUUCUUGGCUAGAGCAAUCUCAAAAACAAACAUAUUAGUUGUAGAGGGAUAUUUAUUUGAACUCCCUGAUACAGUAAAAACGAUCACAAAAGCAUGUGAUGAUGCCCGUAAGUCUGGUACACUAAUUGCCAUCACAGCUUCUGACGUCUCUUGCAUCGAGCGGCACUACGAUGAUUUCUGGGAAAUUGUUGCAAACUUUGGGGACAUUGUAUUUGCAAAUAGUGACGAAGCCCAGGCUAUGUGUCAUUUUAAGUCAAAUGAAAGCCCCGUAUCUGCGGUGAGGUACCUAAGCCAUUUUGUUCCAUUAGUUUCAGUUACAGACGGUCCAAGAGGCUCCUACAUUGGUGUAAAGGGGGAAGCUAUUUUUAUUCCUCCUUCCCCAUGCAUGCCAUUAGAUACUUGUGGUGCAGGUGAUGCUUACGCAUCAGGCUUUUUGUAUGGGAUGCUUCGUGGUGUACCCAACUUGAAGGUCAUGGGUACCCUUGCAGCUAAGGUUGCAUCCGUAGUUGUAGGGCAGCAAGGCACCCGGCUUAGGGUACAUGAUGCCAUUGGAUUGGCAGAAUCGUUUGAGUACCAGCUUAAGAAUUCACCCAUCUGGUCUGCCGAUAUUGGUUCAGAUCAAAUAUCCAGCUUGUAAACUUCAAACCCGUUGUAAUUAUUCCUACCAUUGAUUGUAAUUAUCUGGCAUAGAUUCAUAGUCACCCCUAGUUGACUAACUCUGGUCCAAUUCCUAAUUCACCGAAUUUUGUCUGAAACACGCAUUUUCC